GUCGUGAUUGCCGGCAGAGCCGUUCCAGGGAGCGGAUCGUUAAUGCUGUUAAAUUGUGCGUUUAGGGAAUGCAACCAGCGCCACUGUCAGUGCCCUGAGCUAACACGGGAACCUGUGGAAGACCAACAUUCAUUGCCUGACGCAUAUGACCAAUGCUGGAUUGUUGCUUUAAGUCAAGAGACCUACCCUGGCGAACCACGGUUGUUUUUCUCUCUCUCUCUCCAGUUGGAUUUCUCUCUCUCUCUCUCUCUCUCUCUCUCUUUCUCUUUCUCUCUCUCUCUCUCUCUCUCUCUCCAUACAUAUAUUUUUGACCAGUACUGCAAAGUUGGUACUUUCAGGUCAAAUCACUUUAUUGGCUUUUAAACCGUGCAGAUUAACUUCAAGCAACGCCGUCCAGAAAUGCAAUAAAGAGUAGUGCAUUGAGGGUGGAUGCUACUUUUUUUCUGUAUCCCGGCGGCUGUCUAGUUUCCUUAAACAAAAGUAAUCUAUCGCAAGGGAGCGGAUGCGAUCUGGAACCAUCUCGAGUAGAAAGCAGACCAAUUUCUGAUUAUAUAAUGCUCAUUGAGACUCCUCCAGCGAACCCUGGCAAUCCUUGCACUAACACGAGAUCACUUUUAAGCCAUAUUUGAUAGUGAUUCGGGGAGCGGGUCCGCGGUCUUGCCCAAGUCUCCAGUGAGUGAGUUCGCUGCCGAUAGGAAGAUGAGGCUUUUUUGUCUCGGAGGCGCCUGCCUGCUGGUGACCCUGGUGUCUGCCGGUUCCAGUCCGUCCCCUGCAGCAGGGACCUCGGCCCCCUUCACCCCCAACUCCUGCACAACGUGCGGCAUCGGGCAGCGAGAGGAGCUCCGGAAGACGGACACGGUCUUCUUGGAAGCCGUCAAGCGGCAUAUCUUGAACCGGCUGCAGAUGAAAGAGAGACCGAACAUCACACACCCUGUCCCCAAAGCAGCAAUGGUCACGGCGCUGAGGAAGUUACACGCUGGGAAAAUCAAAGAGGACGGUAGACUGGAGAUCCCAAACUUGGACGGCCAUGCGACCUCAGUCUCCAGGAAGGAUCUGCAGGAACAAACUUCAGAGAUCAUCAGCUUUGCUGAAACAGAUGAGCUGGCUUCAUCCAAAUCACGCCUGUACUUUCUGAUCUCAAACGAGGGGAACCAGAAUCUCUUUGUCCAACAAGCCAACUUGUGGCUCUACUUGAAACUGCUCCCGUCUAAGGCUGUAAAGGGCACCAGGCGCAAAGUGAGAGUGAAGAUCUAUUUCCAAGAAGCUGGGAGCUCUAACAAAUGGGCAUCGGUUGAAAAGAGGGUGGAUCUGAAGAGAAGCAGCUGGCACACAUUCCCCUUGACCGAGCACAUCCAGGCUCACUUACAGAGGGGAGAGAGGAGGCACGACCUGGAAGUUCACUGCGAGGGCUGCGAGAGCUUGGCAGUGACUCCCACCUUGGUGGACAGCGCCGACCAAUCCCACCGACCCUUCCUGGUGGUCCAGGCUCGGACUCUGGACCCCAAGCACCGGAUCCGCAAGCGGGGACUAGAGUGCGACGGCAGGACGGACCUGUGCUGCAGACAGCAGUUUUACAUUGAUUUCCGACUAAUCGGCUGGAACGACUGGAUCAUCGCGCCUACGGGUUACUACGGCAACUACUGCGAGGGGAGCUGUCCCGCUUACAUGGCCGGGGCGCCGGGCUCCGCCUCGUCUUUUCACACGGCCGUGGUGAACCAGUACAGAAUGCGAGGCAUGAACCCCGGCUCCAUGAACUCCUGCUGUAUCCCCACUAAGCUCAGCACCAUGUCGAUGCUCUAUUUCGACGACGAGUACAACAUCGUGAAGAGGGACGUGCCCAACAUGAUCGUGGAAGAGUGCGGCUGUGCAUGAGAGAGGCUGCGAGGGCGCAAGUUUUCAAGGAAACGUCUCUCUUUUGAUUUUCCCCCAAAGAGUGGGUUUGUUGCUGUGCCACUGUUACCCAGGCUCAAUUUACCAGGUCGCUGACUUAAUUAAACCACCCAAAUUUUGUCAUUUUGGGGUCGACUGUGAUUUCAAAGGUCCCCGCUUGACUGGCAACCAUUGCAGAUAAAGGUGAAACGCUGCACGUUGUGUGCGCGGCUCACACCGACAGUUUCCCGCAGUGUGAAGUCAUUUCUUUUUUGUCGACUUGGUUCAGAGCAAAGGCUGAUGGAGGCUCCCUUACGCACUGCAAAUAUCAAAGCACAUCAGUGAUGUAUUUAAGUGGUGCAAGAUGCGCCGUUAAAGCGGAGGUCCCUCCACUACAUUCCGCUUCGCUGAAACAAAAAAUCGAACGCUUAAUUAUUUAUACCGCAAAAACAACUUCUGUCUUACACUAUGACAAUGCUGGGUGUGCAUAAUCGGACGCUAAGGAUUGUUCUUCAGAAGGAUUACUCCUCAGUCUGAGUCGGAGGGAGAAUGGGGAUCUAGAUACCUCUGGAGAAACUUGCAAUACAGAUCUUUGUUUUCCAGCGAACUACAGCCCCACCUCCUCCCGCUACUCUCAGUAACGUCUGCGCCUUGUGUUGCUACACUACAGGCAUCUCGGAACACUGGGGUCUCUGUUCUCAAGUGCUCUAAUCUGACUGUGCCUCCAAUAAGGACAGGCUAGUCUGAAUAGAAACUUUUGGCGAUGAUUUCACAAGUUUCCACCAACCUCAAAAACAUCGAUUCGACCAAUUUUAAUACAAUUGUACUUCAAUUGUGUAUUGGAACACACAUUUCUGCCCUUUCCCCUUCCCCUUCAUGGUCCUUCCUCUGCUCACCUUAUUUUAAGCUGUUCACCUCCCCUCCCCUCCCCUCUACACUGUUUUCAGAUUGUAUGUGAAUUCAUAAUGGACCGAAUGAACAAAACCUGUGGAUUGGGCACUUGCUUUAAAACGACCCUUCAGUGAUAACACGGUUCAAGAUCACCCCAAUCAUGAAUACGAUGUCCAUUAAUGGUCAUAUCCAAUCAGAGGCUGGAGCUGCGUAGCACUGACAACGUACUGAAAGCACAUUUAGCACUUGCAUAUCUGAAUGCCUUGGAAAAACAAAAGUGGUACAACGGUGCACUUACCACGAAUUCCCCAGUUCCAUUCGCUUCUUAUUAAAUAAGUGCCGGUUGGGAGCUAUGCAAUGUAAACCAUAAGCAGUAAACAGGUGAAUUCGUCGGAUUUAAAAUCUGUCCAGUUACUUGAAGCUAAAUCUUUCGCUUCCUGUAUUUGGCGAAUGAUUGUUUAUAGAGGUUUUUCUUUCGCGUUUUCUAUUUGCACUGAGAAAUUGCGUUGAUUAGUUUAAAAAAAACUGCCAUUUUUUAAACAAAAAAUGAAAUUGUUAUUUUUAUAGAAAGAAGAAUUCUGGGGGGAGGGGGAUAUCGAAAUGUAUUAUACAUAUCAAUGUAUUAAAUAAUGGAACCAAAGAGGACAAGUAUUUAGUGUUAUGUAAACAUCAUUGGGCAGAAAGGCUGUUGAUGAGUUUAGUGGUAGUUUGACUAGAAUGAAAGUGAGUAUCUGUCAGCUUCAUGUCGAAAUGGAUUCCAGUUCCCAGUAACCCGCGCAACUUAUCAAAAACACAUGCUCCACAGAGCAAACUUUCAUCUUAUGACCAGGUCAUGCACUUAUUUCGCGUUGCAUACAUGGCAAUUAAAAACUGGUUCAGAUUCAUCUUCAUUUAUUAGCUAACAGCUGUAGUAUUUGGCACUUCUGUACAGUUUGGCUACAAUAAAACAAAUCUACAUCCACUGG